AGUAAAAUCUACCUGACUGUAUAAGUAGUAUCAAUAGUUAAUUAGUGUAUUUAUCAUGAUCGUUUCAUAUAAUUUCUUGUUCUUAUUCUAAGAUUUGACGGAAGAUAAAAUCUUUUGGAAGUGUAGAAGGAUAUUUAAACUCAGUUCUUAUGUUUUAAAAGACGAUUUCUUUACCGAAAAGAAAAGCUGUUAACAAUUUUGUGGUUUUAAAUAUAAGUUGGAUAUAAAAUUGUAUCUAUAUAUAAUUUGUAUAACACAUAAUCGGACCUCUGCUGAAAUUCAUAAUUAUUAGAUAUAAAUCGGAAUAGAUAAUGUCGGCACCGGCGGGCUGCACGCUAUCAAGUUUUGAUGCCACUUGCAGUUUCAGUACAUGGAGUCCACCGUUAAUUGACAACCAGUUCUCGACAUCUCCCGGAAAUGUAAUUGUCAACGAUAUUGAUGGCACCAUUCCGAGUGAUGCGUUUAGUGGGCUCGCAAACAGUGGAGGCUACACAGGGACCCCGCAGUUAAGCCUGGACUGCGGGUUUGGAAAUAAUAACCAGAUGACUUUACUUAGUGACAGUUUGUCCUCAAAUUUGUCCUGGGUAGAAAAUAUGCUCAUAACUGACUGUUAUGACAUGGAGGUACAGUCCGGAGCCUUUUCCGUAUUUACGGGGCUUACUAUACUCACAGUAAUCGGAGGAAAUUUCACUACCAUUUCCGGUUCAGCUUUUUCCGGUAUGACAAGCUUAACAACAUUGUACCUCUAUGCUGGGUUUCCAACUUCCGGCAUACCGUCAGGAUUGCUGGACGGUUUGACGGCACUUACAUCAAUUGACAUGUCUCGAACCGCGCUAAACAGUAUACCCAGCGGUCUUUUUGAUGGCCUUACAAGUCUGACAAGCCUACAGCUGCUGGACAGCAGUCUGACAACAUUGCCAAGCGAUUUAUUCUACCCUUUGAUAAGCCUGACUACCCUUGAUAUCAGUGAGAAUAGUUGGGAGUGUGACUGUCAGCUGCAAUGGCUCGGCACCUACCUGACUGCCACAGGAUUAACCACCGACAACUGCAGUUCACCAGCCAGUCUGGCGGGAUUCGACCUCUCAAGGGCACUUCUGUCACUUUCUUGCUCAACGACAAGCACCUCUGACGACAAUAAUGAAAAUUGGUACCAUUAUGGAUUAAUAGCUGGAACAUCCCUUGCUUUCAUACUGGCUUUAAUUGCGAUCAUCGGCUGUCUUUACCAACGUAUGCAAUAUGAAGAACUCGUGAAAUCCAUGCAGAAAAGUCAAACUGCGGAACAAAAUGGUACCACGAAGAUAACAAAUAUAAAAUCGAAUCAAGAAAGUAAGAAUGCACAUGAUCUGUCGACGGAAGAUGGCGUGAACAACACGAAAGAUAAGAAUGUUUGGACUGUUUCCAACGAAGAAAUCAACAGACACCAGGGAAGCCCAUUUAAUAAGCGCUCCCGACAGGUGAUGCCAUCCCGGUCCAAAGUUCAAAGGGGAUGGGCAUCACAGCGUGACCCUGACGAAUGGUAA